GGGGCCUUCCGCGCCGCCGGCGCGCCGCCCUCGGCCCGGCUGACGGCGCGGUGUCUGUGCCCGCAGGAGGAGCUGACGCCCGGCGUGGUGUUCGUGGGGCACCUCCCGCGCGGCCUCUGCGAGCCGCAGCUCCGCGAGUACUUCGGGCAGUUCGGGACGGUGACGCGGCUGCGGCUCUCCCGGAGCAAGAAGACUGGAGGCAGCAAAGGCUAUGCAUUUAUGGAGUUUGAGUCUGAUGAUGUGGCCAAGAUUGUUGCAGACACAAUGAACAACUACCUGUUUUCUGAGAGACUGCUGAAGUGUCAGUUCGUGCCUCCCGAGAGGGUGCACGAGGAGCUGUUCAAGGACUGUGACAAGAUCUUCCGGAAGCCGUCGCAGCCGGCCGUGCGCCGCUACAACCGGGUCCGCUCCCUGCUGGAGAAGGCCAGGAUGACCCAGCGCCUGCUGCGGAAGGAGAGGCUGCUGCGGAAGAAGCUGGCUGACAAGGGGCUGGAGUAUGACUUCCCAGGAUUUGCUGCACAGGCGCUUUGUAAAAAGAGAAAAAGAGUUAAAACAUCUAAGAAGCCAAAACUGAACGUUUCUUUGAGCAGCCAGGAUCCUACUCCAGUCUGUACUCCAGCAGUGCUUGAGCGCCGGAGAGCUGCUCGGAUGGAUGAUGACACAGAGGAUGAAGUGACUCUCAGGCUCCCCUCUGCCAGCCCUAAGAACGCUGUGCAGAGACCAAAGAAGCAGCCAACAAAGGCCAAGCCGGAAGAAACAGAAAAAGACUUAAAAUUUUUGUGACUAUAGCCAUAAUUUUUUCAACUUAAAACUUGUUGAGGUGGAGCUUCUAUUGGGUCUGCUCCCCUGGCUUGGUUCAUCCUGCCUAGGCUGUUUCAGGCUUUCUUAGGCAAGGACUCUGUUCACAGAUCCUGUCCCUCUGGUUUAGCUAUCAAGGGACAUAUGAAGAUAUUCUUGACUUUGUGCUCGCAAGUGCCUGUGCUGUGACACAGCUACAGUAGUCCAGAAUCUUCAGUUAAUUUUAAAAUUAAUUUCUAGUGCUCACUGUUUGGAAAAAAAUGUGAGGCGUCCAUUCAGAGUUUGCUAAUGCAAGCAACUGUAUCUUAAAUUUAUAAUUAAUGACAGCUUAUUAAAAAAAAUUACCAUUUUUCAACUUGC